CUCGAGCCUCUCCGCCUCGCCUCACAGAGAGCACCUUGAGCCACCCUUUGAAAGCUCCGGCGGCGCCGAUCAGCAGAAACCGCCCGCGCUCCGGCUGCAGACAUGCAGCUCGUCACGAAGAUGCAGUCGGCCCCGGCGGAGCUGGCCAUGGACGCCGGAGACCAGACGCCGGGGUCUGCGUGGAAGUUGUGCGUGAGGGGCACGUUCCUGGACCCCGUGGACCCCGCGGGACCCACCGUGAAGCAGGUGCGCCGCAGGUCGGACCCCGGCCUGCACAGCGACCGGCCCUCGUUCUUCGCCGAGGAGGAAGGGUACGCGAAGCAGCUGCAGGCGAAGAUGAAUGGGCUCGGCGGGCCGUCUGCGACGGAGGAGUUCGCGAGGCUGUCCACCGUCGCGCCGAGCCGUCGGUCUUCUCGUGGCUCCAGGGGCUCGUCGGGCUUCUCGUGGCCCGGACCGCCCGAGGGCGAGGCCCUGCCCCACGGCUUCCCCAGCAACGGCAGCCUCGGGCACCCGCACCUGUGCCGGCGGCCGUGCAAGGAUGCCGCGUCCUGCCGCGCCAGCUGCUCGUUCUGCCACCUCCCCCACGAGGCCCGGCGGCCGCAGCUCGACAAGAUCAACCGGCUGACCCUGCGCCUCGUGGACCGGCACGCCCUGAUCGAGGCGCUGCUGGGCACCAUGCGCGGGAGGGUCGCCGAGCUGGGCCUCGGCGAGGAGGCGCUACGCGCCCUCGAGGAGUGGCGCGAGGACGUGGCGGCCGCGCCGCCCGCUGCGGCGGAGGCCGAGGCGGUGCGUGCUGCGACGCCGUGGGAAGUCCGCCGCCUCCAGCGGUUCCUCAGGGCGCUGCACCUCAACGACUUGUGUUUUCUCCCGGUGCCCCUCGACAUCAGGGCAGCCUCGAAUCGGAUGAUGGACAAGCUGAGGGACCUGCGCGUGGCCUGAGCGCCAGAAAACGGAGACUGGCACAGGCACGCCUCGGACGGGGCCAGGACUCGAAGAGCAAGGAACGGCAGGGUCCUUGUCGGGGUCACGGUUGUGUUUUUUCUUCCUUUUUUUUUUGUUCUCCCUCCGGCGCGGCAGGAGCCGAGCCAGAGGUGUCGACCGUACACAUCGUGGACCCCUGGCUGAAUCUUGGCCUUGCCACUGACGAGAGUCUCGUGCGGCGCGCGCUGCUGCCGCGCACGGUCUGUUCACGGGCACGCCUGCCUUCUUCCCAUCGGAGAGCAGCGCGCGCCCGAGGAACUUUUUUUUUUGUUUGGACGCGCUGUAAGCCCCCGGAUUUGGCCCUGGGGCAGCGACUCCCUCCUCCUCCUCCCUCCUUCAUCCUCCCUCCUCCGCCACCUC